AUGGCCAUGGUCAAAAACACCAAGAGCCAGCUCAUGGAGGUGGUAGUGUUGGGCUUGGAUCUUGACGCCAUCCUUCAGCUCAAUGAGGAUGACAACGAAGAAGAGAGGGAGAACAAGAUAGUAGACAGUAACGAGGAUAUUGUUGUCACUGACGAGGUGGACGACGAAAUUCCGGAGCAAAGCGACCCCGACCCGUUCUUAAUACGCCAUUUAUGCGCGGUCUUACCAUACCUAACACGUUUUGGGUUCAGGUUCGAUUUUAACGUAACACUAUAUUUUGAUCAAGAUCAAGAUCAAGAUCAAGAUCAAGAUCAAGAUCUACAGCUUACCGAUCGGGCUUCGAGGAAGUUGGUGGCGAGUACAAAGGCACUAGGUAUAACACUGGGUAUCUAG